AUCAGUUUUCUCUCAAUCGUCGAGCAAUCAACAUGACCGGAGUAAAAUCGUUGUACUUUUUGGGCCUGGUUCUCAUGGGCUUGGCUGCCAUCCACGCCGAUGAGCAGGUUGUCGGAGGAGUUUCUCAGUUGGAGGGAGACAGCAGGAAGGACGCCCUCACUCUCCUGGACGCUACCCUGACCCAGUUGGCCACCGGAGAUGGUCCCAGCUACAAGGCAAUUAAUGUGACCUCUGUUACGGGCCAGACUGUUUCGGGAACACUCUACACCUAUGAGGUGGAGCUGAACAACGGAUCCGACAAGAAGCAGUGCACCGUGAAGAUCUGGUCCCAGCCCUGGCUGAAGGAGAACGGCACCAACAUUAGGAUCAAGUGCGCCGGUGACGAUGGCGAGUUGGACCGCACCUGGUAAAGGUUGUUUUCACUAGGCAGUCGUGUUUACGGCUUAUAAAGAACUCCACUUCCUAUGAAAAGGUUUCCCUUCAAAAUAAACAAGGCUCAUGGCUGUAUAACCAUUUUUUAAAAACCAAA